UGUAUGUGUGUGCGUACACAUAUAGAUAAAUAGACAGAAUAUGUUUGCGUGAUUUGUGAAACGAACUUAUAAUUUAGUGAUUUACUUUAUUUUAUAUCAUAUCAAAAAACAGUGAAAGGAUGCCAUGGAUGAACAGAAUAAUGAUCCUUAUGAACAACAGCUUUAUGCUGUGUUUCAAAGUUGUUUAACAAAAGGAGAAACUGAAUUACGAGAGGAUAAUUGGCUCAGUUUAUGCCAUAAAUUACAUUUGGCAGAACAAAGUGAAGAAUUAAAAUCAUGCAUCCAACAACAUGAACAAGAAAAACAAUCUAUAUCAUUCCAAGAGUUUAGAACUGCUUUAUUAACUUUAUUAGGAAAAACACAAAAUCCAAUUACACAAACAGAGAAAGAUAAUAUAACAGAAUUACAAAAUGAUAUAAAUUCACAUAUUAUAGAUAAUAAAAAAUGUAAUUCUUUAGCAUCUAAUAAUUCUAAUUCUAAUGUAGAUUUUUUAAAUGGAAAAACAGGUAUAACAAUAAAUGAAAAUAGACUGAAAUGUUUAUGGGAAAAGAUAAAUAUUUAUUUAAAAGAAAAUGUGGAUUCUGCAACAAUCUUUUUUAUAUCUAACUGUUUAGGAAUUCCAGCUCUUCCAAAACAGAUUUCACAGUGCAUUUUUGAGAAACUUGAUCAAAAUUGUGAUGGAUUGAUUAGUUUAGAUGAAUUUCUUAUUAUAUUUCAAAAUAAAGCAAUGGAAGAUCAAUUAACUUUAGAUAAAAAUAAUGAUUCUACAAAAGAGUUAACUAAAUUGGAUUUUAGAAAACGAAACUUUGAUAUACAUACUUCCCGCAAAACUAGUUUUACAAGGAAUAAUACUAUUCUGGACACAUGGAAACUUUCUAAUAUUACAAAUACAUCUUUAUUAACGGAUGGAGGUCUUAAAAUAUCUGAAAUUUCUUUAACAGAUUUAACAUCUACCUUAUGUGAUGAAUUAAAAAAUUUUAAUGAUUCAUUAGAUUAUUCUGCAAUUCGAUCUCAUAUAAUGUUAUUACGAGAUGUUCUCAUAUUAUAUCAGGAAGAAUUACAUAAUUUAAACCUUGUGAUAGAAAAUAUAAGUAGUGAAAAAGAGAAACUUCGUAUCGAUGCUAUAGAAGCUAAUGAACGAGCAAAUACUCUUGCUCAAGAAAUUGAUGAACAACAUGUUCGACAGGAAGAAAUUGUUCAAAAUUUACGAAAACAAAUUGAACAACGUCAUUCUGAAACUAUACAAGAUUUAUCAAACCAACUUAGUUCUGAACGAGAAAUGAGUGCUAACAUUCUGAAAUCAAAAGAUGAUCAAAUACAAAUAUUACAAAAAGAAAAUCAUGAGAUUAGAAAUAAGUUUGUAAGUACAUUACAAGAAAAUCAAGUUUUAGAAAAUGAAAAUGAGAAUCUUCGUAAUCAAAUUGAAAAAUUUAAACAAUCAAACAAUGAAUUAAUAACUCAAAUAAAAAUGUUGGCGGCAGAGCAUGAUGAGUCGCAAAAUGUAGAGGUGAAGCAUCAACAGGAAGUUAUAUAUUUAGUAGAUCGUAUUAAACAAUUACAAUUAGAAGCAGUUCUUUUACAAGAUCAAAAUGAUGAAUUAACAGCAGAAAUAGAAAGUUUAAAAUUGCAUGAUCGUCAUAUUAAAGAUAUAAGACCAAAUAAUUUUUCUGGUACUCAUAUAGUAACUCAUACAAGGAAUACACAGUCAAAUGAAAAUGAAAAUAAAGAAACAUUUGUAGUUGAGGAAGAUGAUUUAGAUGUAGUUCUAAAACAUUCCACAUCUCUGUCUAGUAAUUCCAAUGAAGAUGAAAAUUGUAAAGUGAUAGAUUUAAAACAAUUUAAAGAUAUAGUUAUAAAGCAAUUAAAAAACAUAUAUUUAAUUAAUAGUAACAAAUGUACUUUAGACAAUUGUGCAUUUAAAGAUGAAAUAUCAGAUAUGAUUACGAGAUUACAAUCCUAUUCAAAUACACAAGUUUUUAAAGAAGCUGAAUUUGUCAAAAGUAUUGCAUCUGAAAUAGAAACAGAAUGUGAAGAACGAACGAGUGAAUCUUUAAGAGAUUUCGUUGUUCCUAAACAUAAAAAUUCUGUUUGUAUGAAACGAAUAAUAACAUCCAACAGUAAUGAUAAUAAUUAUGAUGUCGAUAAUUUCAAUCAAGAUAUAAAAAAUUCGUUGCAAAAUAAAGUUUUAAGUCUUAGAGAUUAUCCUCCUCGUAAAGAAGAAUAUACGAAUGCAGAUAAUCCAAAAUUAAAUAAAGAAAAAGACGUUUCAAUUAUUAAUUACAUUAAUACAAAGAGUAAUAAUGAAAUUAAUAUAAGAGCUAAUUCAAGUUUAAUAAAAACUGAAUCAUCUGAAAAUAUUCUUUUAAAUUCAAAGCUCAAAGAACUUGAAACUGCUCAUGCUGCUGAAAAGAAACAAUUGAUUGAACAAUGUGCAGAAUUAGAAAGAAGUUUGGAUAUGCUUAAAAUAGAAUAUGAAGAAUGCGAAGAUUAUUGGACUGCUAAAUUAGAAGAAGAAAGACAACUUUUUGAACAAGAACAAAAAAUUAGUGAUGAAAAAUUUUCAGAACUUAUAGCUAAAAUGGCAGAAUAUGAAGAAUUAAUUAGUCCAGUUGACAAAAUAAAAAAUGGUGGACGUUUGUCUCCAAUUGAAGAGAAAUUUAAUUUAGAACAACAAUAUUUAGAUUUAGAAGAAGAAUUUGAAAAAUGGAAACUACAAAUGGAAGAAGAAAUUUCUCAAAAAGAUAAAGAAAUUAAAGAUUUACAUGAAAAAAUAAAGUGUUUAAAACGACCGAUAAUGACUGAUGUAUCUAUACAAGUUACAGAUGAAUUUAUUUUUCCAUUUUUAUUAACACAAUCAAAUUAUGUUCCUGAUGAUUCAUUCAUUCAUGUUAAACCGUCCAGUGAAUCAGUUUCAAAAUUAACUCAAUGUAAUGAUAAUAUUCGCAAUCUAUCUGAAGAAUUUAAAUAUAAUGGGAUCCUAGAAUCUUCAACUUUAUCAAAUGAUUUUAUUCCACGAUUAAAAAAAGAUGACAUAGAUAGUGGCAAUUGUGAUUUACAAAUGCAAUAUUCUAUGAAAGUAAAUGAUGUAUUUAAAGCUGAAACACCAGAAUGGAAAAUAGUAGGUAAUAAUGGAAAAAUCUUAAAAGAAGAAAAUGUUCACAAUACAGAAUAUGAUUUUGUACAGAACACAUUAAAGUUAAAAACAUCAAAUUGUCAGUGCAUGCGAAAUGAUACACAAGUAGAUUGUAUAAAUAUUAAUAUAUUACAGAAUUUAAACAUGAAACUUCAGGUACAAGAACGUAAAAGGCAUCAAUUGCAAGAAUGUUUUAAACAACAACAAUACCACAUUGAGCAUGUAUUACAACAUAUUAUAUCUCAACAUCAAAUAGAAAUAUCAGAAUUACAAUGUCUUCUUCGUAGUACUCAAGAAAGACUUCAAAUAGAAUUUCAAACAAAUGCAGAACAGGCUGAACGAUUGGCACAAACUGAUAUAUUAGUAAAAGAUUUAUAUAUAGAAAAUGCCUGUUUAACAGCUAAUUUAAAACGUUUACAACAACACUAUAAUAUGAUAACAGGAUUGAAUACUGAAUCAACUUCAAUAUGAUAUUGCAAUCAGUUAUUAAUAACAUAUAAUAGAAAAAGCUUUAUUAAUAAAAUAUUAGUAAUAAUGCUACUAAUAUUUUAACAAAUGAGUGAGUCAGAGAUAAAUAAUCUAUCUCAAAUGUUAAUUGUGAUACAUACUA